ACGUGUGAGCGAGCAGCUCGGCUACACACCAGCCUGUUAAACUAUGAAUUAAACACGCUACAGUCCGGGCUGGCGGACAGAGAUUCAGCCUCAGACACAGAAAACACGAAGUUUGACAUUAUAUAAACAUUAACGUGAGCGCUGACGUCACUUCAGAGCUGCUCGCUGCUCGCUGAGCGUCAUGCGGGACCUCUGCUGUCCGCAGCGCCGCACCGCCUUCAAACACCGCAAAUGACUCGGAGCACUCAAGUUCUCCCGCAAAGAGGAAAACGCGUGAGAGACUUUCAAUGUUUCUGUCUUCACGUUGAUGUUCGGAGAAGAAACACUGAGCAGGAGAUUUAACUGAGACUUAAAAGGAGGGAUCUUGGCUCCUGCAGCCAUUUCCCCUGCAGGGCUGAGCUCUUUGGCUGGCUUGCCACUUCCUUAGCAGAGGGGCUGCUGGCAGGGGCAACAACGAGGUCAUGAAGCCUCAAGAGGCCGAGCUCGUCACUGAAAUCUCCAAGUUACAAUGCAUGGUCUCGGAGCUGAAGACGGGCUUCACCAGCGCCCUGCUGGAGCUCAGUCAGAUCCAACACGGAGACACGCACCUGAGGGAGGAGCUGGAGGAGAACAGGAAGAGCUGCCAGAAGAAAGCUCUUCGUCUGGAGGCCCUGGUGGAGUCGCUGAGGGAAGAACUCGGGGUGAUGCGGUGUCAGAUCCUGCAGCUGUACAGUAACAGACAGAGACCUCUGCAGGAUGCAAAGAGCUCCACGUCCAAACAGAGAGAAAGGGAGACGUGUUGUUAUCUGUCGUGCAGCAGCGAUCCAGCCGAGCCGGCCUGUGAACCGAGGCAGUGCGACUGUUCGUCUGCUCCACCGGCCUGUUUGUCCAGAGGAAAACUUCUCCUCCACUGUUUCCUGCAGGGCCUCAAAGCCGGACUGAACGAAGGCACAGAUGCUCGACAUCAGGUGGCGAUGCAGCUUCUGCACUCUGAGUGGGAGUACGUGUCGACCUUAAACCAGCUGUUUGAUAAAUACAAGACGCCGCCUGCUCACCUGAUGACCGCCGAGCCAUAUCAGACGUAUCUGAAGUUUGUGGAGCAGCUGCUGCAGCGACACCUCCUCUUCAGAAACACCCUGCAGGAGCGGCUGUCUGCCGAACACUGGAAGUCUCUGGUCGGAGACAUCCUGGUGCAGCUCAUCGGCCAAAACGACACCGCCUUCUCGGACAUGUAUCUCGGAUACACGACUACUCUGGCGUCGUUCCUCUCACUGGAGUUCAACAGACUCAACCAUCCUGAGAAAAGUCACAAAACGCAGAACGGCCAGAUGGAGAGAGAGGAAAUGAAACUGCUCUCCCUGCUGCUGGCGCCGGUCUCUCGCAUACACAGCUACCUGAGCCACAUUCAGAACUUGCUGCAGUGGACGGGUAAAGAGCAUCCUGACUGCAGCCUCCUGCUGGGAACUGAGCGAGCGCUGAGGAGCGUUUUGUGCCGCUGCCACGUGAUCCUGGAGGAAGACGUCCGGUGGGAGGAGGAGGAGGAGGAAGAAGAAGCCGGGCAGAGCUGCUCGGACGCGGUGGUCGUGGCCUCUGGAUCUUCUGCAAACUGUUGCAGGAGGAACCAACACACCAGAGGAGAGUGUCAGCAGGGGUCCAACGCUGCAGCUCAGAGAGACGACCAGCAGGCUGUCGGCCUCACUAACGGGGUGGACGGCUGUCACUCGAUGCGUCUCGAGUGCUGGUCCUGCAGCCCAGUGAGGAGGAAGGGAUGUGGAAGAGAUCGGAUCAUCCCGAACCAGCCGGCCCGCGACUGUGGACACACCUACUGCUCCCUCCUCACUCCCGACACAGCCGGAUGGGGAGAGAACAGCGACUCGGGUCAGGGCACCUUCAGCCAUCCCACCGGGAAAGGCACCAACGACCUGGAGGGACCUCGCACUGACCACAGCCUGGACGACUGCGAGACAGACCCAGACGACACCUCGGCCUUCGACUACUCCUCCGUCACCUCCUGCAGCCCUGACGGCACCCUGCGCAGGGAGAUGAUGGGCAGCAACAGCGGGGAGGACGAAGAGGAGGACAGCCAGGUGCCGGUGCUGUUAAAGCCCUCGUACAGCCAGCAGCAGCAGCAGCAGGCGCCCAGAGAGAGGACGGUGUGCCUGAGGUGGCAGAUUCCCAGACUGACCCCUCACCCUCCUCUCAGGAACCCCGCAGGGCCGUGCGUCGACCCGCCCAAGCCGUGCCUCGUCAACUCGUACGGGAAGAGGCUGGUCAGCGUCAGGAAGGGGUCGCCGCCUCUGCAUCCAAAAAGUGCCUUCAGGCCCAUCUGGGAUGAUCCGGCCAAACAGGCCGACGCAGCUCCAGAGAAAGACAACAGACAAGGCUUCAUACCGAUUCAAGCUCCAGCCAGGCAAAGCUUUCAGAACUUCAACCCGAGCAGAGAAAACCUGAGACCAGGUCUGCCUCAGCAGCGAGGUAACCACGCAGCGGCCAUGAGCGGUGGAGGAUUGUGGGACGACAGCGAGGACAGCGAGGGACCCUGCAGCACCGUUUGACCUCCCCGCGGAGACAAGAGGACGAUUAGGACGCAGAACUUUAGUUACAGUUACAAGCUGAGCUUUGACAGCAGAGUAAAUGCAUGAAUGACGAAUCAACGAUCCUGAAAGGAAGAAUUAUUAUUAUUAUUAUUUCUGUUGAAUCUGUACAGGAUUAUGUUUCACAUGUGGG